CGGGACGGGACGGGACGGGACGGGGCCCGAGCUCGACACCUCCGUGCAACUUUUUCGCGGCGCCGCGGAAGCAGCGCGACGGAUGUGAGCGUCGCGUUCUUACCUCGGCGACACUUCAGCCACAAGAUAGAGUUCAGGAUGAAACUGCUGUCUCCCCGAGGACCAGGGAGCGUUUUGGAACAUAAAACAAUAUCCUGUCUACGUCUAAUGACAUCCCUUGUGGCCUGCUAUCACAGGAAGAAAAGAAAAAAAGCCUCUGACAGGGAUCUCGCGGCAGCCGGGGUCAUCUCUGCCCCUGCCCCUGCCCCUGCUGCCCAUUGGCACAGCAGCCGGAGCAGAAGGCCCACAAAGGGGAGGGCCGAGUGGCCCCUUGCUCUCCUCCCCGCUCCAGAAGAUGUGUGCUCCUCUGAGUGGGCACUGUUUGUGACACAGCUUUGAGUUCAGAGACCGAGCAGUCAACUCCAAUUACCAGGUGCUGGGAGCCGCCGCCGCCGCCCCAGAACCAGACAUCAACAGGACCUCUCCGGAGAAGAAGAAGAAUUCUGGCCGGCUCUGUCAAGCGUGGAGGACACACAGAGGGAGAGAGGGAGAGAGAGAGGGAGAUGGACACGUGCGCCUGCGCUUUGGAGCUUCUGGGGAUGCUGGUCUUCGUGGGAGCGUGGCUGUGCGCUCUGGCCACCACUCUCCUACCACAGUGGCUCACCAUGUCCACCGCGCUGCUGCCCGUGGAGAGCUACGAGCUGGGCCUGUGGGAGACCUGCGUGGUCCAGGACGUCGGGGGCAUGGAGUGCAGAGCUUACGACAGCCUGCUGGGCCUCUCCAGCGACCUCAAGCUGGCCCGCAUCCUCAUGUGUGCGUCCCUCACCGUGGGCAUGCUGGGAAUCCUGGUGGCUAUACCGGGCCUGUACCUGGUCAACAUCUGCAAAGGACGCGGAGGCCACCGAACCAAGAGGACUCUCACCACCCUCGGAGGCGCGCUGGGGAUGGUCUCCGGAGUGCUGUGCCUGAUCCCCGUCUCCUACAUGGCCCACUUGGCCGUGAUACAUUUCUUCGACGACAAAGUGCCCGACGUGGUGCCCAGGUGGGAGUUUGGAGACGCCCUGUUCUGCGGCUGGGUGGGGGGGUUUCUCCUCAUAGUGGCCGGGCUGCUUCUGGUCACCUCUGGCACGUGCUCCCAGGUGGAGCCUCAGCCUGCGCCGCAGCGGCGGUACCAGGUGAUGAGCAGGGAGGACGUGAACUGCAGGAAGCGCACAGAGUACGUGUGAGGGCAUCGUCCACAAAUGACUUACCUGCUUGUAGACCGACGGCACCCCACGACCACCCGCAGCACUGCACUUCAAACUGCUUUAGAACAAUGAUGUUCGUGUCUGGUUUUCAUACCGGAGACAAUCCACUGUGUAAGGGUUCGCCUCAUCAUGCCAAAGGGUUUUGUAAAACGGUGACCCUAGCUCAUUGUCUCAGCUUCUCCAAAUGACUCACCUGCACAAUCAAACAUUUGAUUUUUAAGACGAGCUGCUGUGACCAGUAAAAAUGAAUAUUUUUUUAUGAAGAUGCGUUUUAUACGAGGCUUUAUUUUCCUUAUUCUUCACUCCAGGGUCUCUUUCUCGUCGACACCAACGACGGACAAAAAAAAAAAACCUUCUAAUUGUGUCUGAUUUAGAAGAAAAUGUAGCUGUGAUUGUAAGUUAUUCUUGUUACUAAAACAUAGAGGAAGCACACGUUCUUUCUGUGCCUGGCUAAGUUUGCUUUACGUGCUGUGAUGUGCAGCACAUUCAGAUGAUUCACACAAAGUUUUUUUUCCCUCAUUAAAAUGUAAAUUCCUC